AUGUCAAUGUUCCUUUCCAAAUUACUUUCUGGAAGGAAUGUGGCUAAAACAAAACUCGAACUAUUAAGUGAAGCUUGGACCAACAUUCAAAAGUAUUAUGAAACUGCAGAUGAUCCUUUAAAAGAUGCAGUUGAUCUUACACCCAUUCCUAAUAGUUUACAAAACAUAAUAAAGCUAAUUCAAGCAGAGGAAGUUGAAUUUCAAAGAGCAAGUGGAAGUCUAGAAACAGGUCCCUGUUUAGAGUAUUUGCUUCAGAAACGUGUGUUAGAAGAGCUUGUUGAAUUUGCCAAAGUCGAUACGCCUUUUGGAAUGCGUAUUCAUUGCCUUCGAUUUUUUUGUAGUUUAGUAACCAACGUUCAUGCUCAGUUAUUACCAGAAAGGGCAGUGCAUGUUCCACUUCAGAAACUAAUUACAUCAUCACAUCGCUUAAUUAGUCGUCAUUAUGAGGAAUUAGCAACAGAAAUGGAAUCCUGUUCUGAAGAAAGACUUGCAGCUAUUUCCGAAUUAUCAUUAGAACUUGUAAAAUUAAUGCAUGGUAUAUUUUCUCACUUUAAAGGGGCUAAUGCGGCUUUAAUGGAUUUGUUUUUUGAAAGAGGUUGGUGUCGUUCUAGGGGUGAACAUGUUUGGAGAUGCUCAAAAGAUGGAAAAACACUUCAUAAACGUCGAGAGAGUUUUGAAGAGAAAAUUGCUUGGAGCAUGUUUUUAAUGCCUCGAUUUGACAUGUUCCAAUAUCUUAUUGAUUUUAUGAAUAUGCCUGGCGAAACAGGCGAAAUAGCAAGAGAAGCAAUAUUAUUUGCGUUGAGAUUAUUAGAUAAUGACCCUGAAUAUGUAUGUUAUAUUGUUGAAUAUUCUAAUUUAUGCGAAGUUAUUGCUGAGCGAUUAGCACUUUUCUUUGCACACUUGCCCAAAAAUACAGGUGCAUUUACUAUAUCUAGCAAUAAUCGAAUUAAUUCAGUAAGACCUUCUAGGAGACAUAUCAGAUUCUCAAUACCAGCAGUAAUCACAAAUAACAGCCUUAUUAUUACCGUUAACGCUCAAAGCAGUUUUAAAAAGAAACGCAGAAAACGAAGCCCCUUCGAUAUCAAUUUUGCUCGUACACUUGAAUCUAUACAAGAUAGAGAGCGCAUUGUCGAUGAUUUUUAUAGUUUUUGGGAAUAUUUAAAUGAUGUUGCUCGAGUUGCAGAUAAGAGAUUAAUGACAGCACUUAUGGCACAAUUAACUACAAGUUUCUGGCAUCCUGUUAUAUGUACAGCUUUAAGUUCGCCUUCGGCUAAAACAGCCACGGCAGCUGUUGCUUACACAACUGAAAUGAUUCGUUCGCUUACAGAUCAAAGACUACUUUAUGUCUUCUUAGUUGUUCUGCUUGGGGAAGAUAGUGGUAUAGGUAAAGAUAUUGAACCAGAAGUGAAAACAAAUGCGCCUAUUAUGGACUUUAUUGAUGACGAUCGUGAUGAUGAGACUGUAUCAAGUCAAACUACAAGCGAUGAUGAUAUGAAAGGAUCAAAUAAUAAUUUUGAUGCUACUGAAGGAUUAACACUACGUUUACUUUUAAUUAAUCGCAUUGAUUCUGAAAAUUAUGAUUUGGCAUUAGCUUCCUUACGUCUAUUUGAUACCAUUUUGGAAACAUAUAAUCAAUUUGCUGUUUAUAAUUUGGUAUUAAGGAAUUAUUUGGAUAUUUCGCCAGAGGGAGAGUAUAUUGAUGAUGAGACUUGUGAUACAACUGAUACUUCCUCACUUGGAUCAAAAGUUGCUGAUGAUAAAGUAAGUGCUGUUACUAUAGAAGGCCCAAAAACAGACGAAUCUACUACAGGAGAUAAGGACUCUUCAUCUAAAAAAGACAUUAAAACAAAAAAAGUUCGUUGGCUUGUUGAAAGGGUACUAUCCCUAUUACCAUUAGAAGAUGAAUUAGAAAGAAUGAAAUCACCUCCACUUUCUUCAGUAAUUUCUUCUGAUUCAUUUGCAUCAACUGUUUGUGGACAAAAUGAUACCAAUAUAAAUCCUUAUACCGUUGUUCCAGGCAAUAGCUAUGAUGAUUAUUUCCAUGAAGCGCAAGAAAGAUUUCAUUAUGCAUUAUUAGCAAAAAACUUUUGGCAAACGCCAUAUCCUCCUAUCAAAACACGCAGUGACUUUGAACGCGAAGCAGAGGAUCGUCAUGGCCGUCCUGCACGCCCUACAAACGAUGAUACUUCUGUAGAUGCUACAACUGGUUUAAAUACUCAUCAUACUGCUACAGAUCAAGCGAGCGUCACCAGUAUUGUCACAAAUAAUACAUUGAAAAAACCUGAAGCCUAUGAAGGAUUAUUUCUAAGUCGUAUCUUUAAUCAAUUUCAAAAGAUGUUAGAAUUACCUUUAGAGCAAAAUUUGUUAAUUACAAGUAUCUUACAAAAGAUUUCAGGCGUCGUUGAUAAGCGUACAGAUGGAGUGAUAUGUGACUGGCGUGCUGUACGUAUUGGGGUUGACGGUACACUUUAUGGUGGUGUAUGGGCCUUACCUACAACAAAGGGUGUGCGACGAAGCCUAUAUGCACUUUUAGAAAAAAUCACAUUUGAAGCAUUAAAACGAGCUCAAUUAGUUCCCAAUUUUGAGACUCGCAUUUCGAUAGCAAAGAAGCGUGGAAUUAUACCAGGUGGAGGUGGCAUACCACAGCCACAAAUUUAUGCUUCACAUACAACAGACCAUCGGUUACAGACAAGGCGCGAUAGUAGUAGUAGUAGUGGAAACAUAAUUAUCUCACCUCGUACUAGUGAUCACACUCUUAGAAGCCAUCCCAGUUUAUCAAAACUCGUGUUUAAUAAAGGUUCAAGUUCAUCCUUAAAUUCUUCAUCAACACGAACUGCAUCAUCUUCACCUGCGAAAACGAAAUCAACAGGAUUGUUGCCUUUACGAAUUUCAAAAGAUAUGGGUAUUGGUGGAGGUAUGCAAUCACCCAAUGGAUCAAGUUCACCAUCAGCUACAUUCUUUCAGAAUUCACAACGUCCAAAUGCAACGCCUGUCACUAUGACAAAUCCCUUUGCAAAGCUCUCUAAUUUCGUGAAUGCCUACAUUGUUUUGCAAGAAUUUUGUAAAGAAUUGGCGGCUGUCAUUUUAGUUCGUCAUGCUACAAAUUAUAAUGAGAUUGGGUUUGUUAAAUAUCAAGAGCAACGAGAAAUGAUGAUGGUUGAUCCUAUUCAAGGUGCGCCCAAUACCUCAACGAUGCAGGGAUAUCAGCAGGAUUGGUUAUUAGACGAAGGUAUUAUGGAUGAUGAUGAGGAUAUGAAUUCUAAACAAAGAAACUUCGAUAAAUGGAAAAAUAGAAUCUCUGUUGUAUCUACUAUAGCUGACUGGCGUAGUGUUCGUAGUUUAGAUACUAUUGAUGAGGCUAUUACUGCACGAGUACCAUCAGGAACAAAAGAUUCAUCUGAAAUUAUGAAACACCAAUAA